CAGUUAAAGACCUCAGUGUUCCCCCGUGCCCGGGAGGCAGCCUUUGUGUUUAACGUUGGCAGGGGCUCAGUUUGGGCUGGAGGUUUGUUUUAAUUGGGGGAGGGGGCAGAAAAGAGGGGACGCUCUCCUUCAGUCUGUCUCUUUCACUGAUUUAGCGGAGGUGGAGAUUCUCAAUCCCACCCAGUUAGACGCAGGCAGGAGGAUUUGGUAAGACUACCCCAGGAAAAGCCACUCAGAGGAAAUUCUCGGCGGCAGCAGCAGCGGCAGCAGCGGCAGCAACAGCAGCAGCAGCGGGCGCAGCAGCAGCAUGAGGGUGAGCCGGCGGGAAGACGCACGGCUGGGGUGAAGAAGUGAGAAAUAUCACACUGAUACACUGAGAAAACCCUGUUUCAUUGAAUCUGCUCAUUUGGGACUUCAAGAUGGAAGCCUUGUGUUUAAGAGUUUCCUUGCUGCUGCUGGUACCAGGAUUUGCCCUCAGUGACAGCUCUGACAGAUACACCACCAAUCGCAGUGAUCUGGGAAACUAUCUUCCCACCUUCUCAGGGAUAGAAUCCAGCGUGCUCCUCACUACCAGGCAGCCCCUGGUGUCCAACCAAACUGUCAAGUGCUCCCAGCAGACUAAAAUUGCUGAAACUUUUAAAUACAUUAACACAGUGGUGUCUUGUGCUAUUUUCAUCGUUGGAAUGGUUGGGAAUGCAACUCUACUGAGGAUCAUUUACCAGAACAAGUGUAUGAGGAAUGGCCCGAAUGCAUUGAUAGCCAGUCUGGCACUAGGAGACCUUAUCUAUAUUGUGAUUGAUAUUCCUAUCAUUGUGUACAAGCUCCUUGCUCAGAAGUGGCCUUUUGGGGAUUCUGAAUUUGGACAGUUUCUUUGCAAAUUCCUUCCCUUUAUACAGAAGGCAUCAGUAGGAAUCACAGUCCUUAAUCUCUGUGCCCUUAGUGUGGACAGGUACAGAGCAGUUGCCUCCUGGAGCCGUGUUCAGGGAAUUGGAAUCCCUAUGAUCACUGCUAUUGAAAUUUUCUCCAUUUGGCUUCUGUCCUUUAUAUUGGCUAUUCCAGAAGCAAUUGGUUUUGCUGUGGUACCUUUCAGAUACAAGGAUGAAGGUUAUGUUACCUGCAUGCUCAAUCCUACAAAUAGUUUUAUGUUGUUUUACAAAGAUGCAAAGGAUUGGUGGCUGUUUGGUUUCUAUUUCUGCAUGCCACUGGCAUGUACUGCUAUCUUUUACACACUAAUGACUUGUGAAAUGUUAAACAGAAGGAACAGUAAUUUGAGAAUCGCUCUCAGUGAACAUCUUAAGCAGCGUCGAGAAGUUGCAAAGACUGUUUUCUGUUUAGUAGUGAUUUUUGCUCUUUGCUGGUUUCCUCUCCAUCUGAGCCGAAUUUUGAAAAAAAUGGUAUACAAUGAAAGAGACCCUGGCAGAUGUGAGCUGCUCAGUUUCCUGCUGCCACUGGAUUAUAUCAGCAUCAACCUGGCAACCAUGAACUCUUGUAUAAACCCAAUAGCUCUCUAUUUUGUGAGCAAGAAGUUUAAAAACUGUUUUCAGUCAUGUCUUUGCUGUUGCUGCUCCCAAUCUAAAAGUCUAGUGACUUCAGUGCCCAUGAAUGGAACAAGCAUUCAGUGGAAAAAUCAAGAACUAAAUCACAAUACAGAUCGCAGCAGCCAUAAAGACAGCAUAAACUGAAAAUUAAGGACUCUGGCACCACUUCAGAAUCGAACAGGGAAAAAAAAAGUCACAACAAAGCUAUUUGAACAGGAAGCCUUGUGAGUGUUCCAUACAACAUAAUUCAGAAGUGUGCACCCUUGCAUAUAAUUCCAGGGGUGCUGAGUAGGCUGACUAUAAAUGUGAUGUUCUGUGAACUGAGAUCGUCUGGAUGGUAAUUCUGUCUCUGAAAAUUAUAUUGAUGUGUUUAUAAAACCAAAAAACUGACUUGAACCACACUUGUGGUUUGCUUUUCUGAACCAAGCAGGAACUGUCUUGUAUCUCUGACUGGUACACUACAACCCUUUUACCUGACUGUCACCUACAAUUAAUCACCAUGGAACUUUUCAGAAGAUAUCAAUAUGGAAUCUGUCUAUGACUGUAUAUUUUAUCUCUGCCCAUUUGUCUUUUACCUUUAUUUGUGGUGGAUAUAUUGCAUACACCAGUAUGUUUUGCAUGUUGUUGUUGGGUUUUUCUUCAAGUCUAGGUUUGAAAAUGUGUUGGUUCACACCAGUAUUUUAUUUACUUAUGUUAUGAGUCAGGACAUUAGCUGGUCAGGUCACAUCUGUAGCACUUCAAUACUCAAAAAUAGUAAAAGACCAUUUAAAAUAGCACCAACAUUUGGCACUUAAGCACAGGUUAAUACUAAAAACAAGGUAUCAAUAACACAGUACUAUACAGUGUUAUUUAUUUGAAUGCUCUCUACGAAGUAAAUGUAUUCUAUACCAGCAAAAAGAAUGAAAAAUAUCCAUAGAGGGGAAUCUUACCAUGUGUUUCUGAUCAACUGCCAUGUUAAUUCAUAAACUAUAUGAACCUAUUAAUCUAUUUAGAUUAUAGCUGCUUUAAAUAUAAAUUGAAACGAGGGUCAGUGGAAUACAGCAAAACAUUAUUAAAGCAGUCCAAAGAGUUUUAAGAAUGUGAUUACUAUCAUAGCAACUAUGCACAACACUAUUUAAAUGGACAGAAAGUUAAAGUCAUAGUGAACAUGAAACUAUGGAAGUCCAUAACAGCUGUAUGUGCAUAAGGACAUUUUGUACCUUAUGCUUGCAGAGUUUUUUGUCUUAUUCUCACAAAAUUUAAACAUUUUAAUGGGGUUUUUAUAGUUUACUAGAAUUAUUAACCAUACAAAUGCUAUUAAUAAUAUAUAGAAAAUAUUGCUUGCAUACAUGUAAACAGGUGAUCUAUUUUUCAUUUCUAUUCAUUAUGGUUACAUGGCAAGAGAUUCAGUGUUUGGCUAUAAAAGUUUUUAAUAGAUAGCCUUUUAUUAAAUAAUGGAAUUAAAUACUGUGGUAUCAUGUAUAAUAUGCCUCCUACAUAAUUCUGCUAGGAGAUUUAUAGCAUCUGUUGUGCAAGGUUGAGAAGCCGUAACUAAAAAUCCAUGAGUUUUUAAACAUCCAGUUACAUUUCAAGUGAAAGACAUAAUUCUGAAUUUUUUUUACAAAGUCAAAAUACUAGUGCCUACAGUGACUUCUGCUGCACAAGUUUUCCAAAUGUUUACAUACACACAAAUAUUCUAACAUAUAUUAAAAAAAGUUCUUUAUGUAUUUUUGUGUGCUUUUGUCUCUAUGGCAUAUAUGCAUGUAUAAAUACAUACACAUUUAUGAUAAUAUGUUAUAAGCCUAAAUACAGUCUUUUGAUGUGCUCUGUAGUAAUACCCAAGAGCAUGCUAUUGAACGAGACUUGGCUAAAUUUUAUUCAAAACUUUUCAUCCUCAAUUUGUAUUGAAGAUCACAGCAAAUGAGUAACAAUGCUUUCCCCUGAAAAGGCUGGUUUAGUGGGUCUCUUUACAGCCUGACACCUUCACUGCUGCUGUGACAGAAUGUUGAGUGGAUGAAAAAGGUAAACAGAAAAAAGACAUGAGGAAUGGAUUUAAGUGGUAAAUUGCCACCUCAUUAUUUCAAUGCAAGAAAAAAAAAAAAAAAGCUUUGUGCUCUUUCCCCACCUCUGGCCAUCUAACCAUCUGAUGGUUAGGUGGACCAAAAAUUCAUCCCAUAUCAGCAAACCAAUAAUCUGGUUGUUCAAAGACAAUCAUUUCUAUCUUUCUAUACAGGGCAGUGAACAGCAGAGGCAAUCCAGGCCACAGAUACCUUAGGCCUCUUUACUGCUACAAAAAGGGGAUCUACCCGCAAAAAUUUCAGCUCUUACCUACUUCUUAAAUUGACCAUCUUCAGGCUUUACCAUCACUGAUAUCAACUACAAGUUGUAAAAAGCUGACAGUUUUCUUUCCAGUAUUAAGACUCUGAACAUCUGUUGCUUUCAACCCAAUAGUUGGCUCUGUUAGAUGGCAAAGAAAGUACACAUACACAUGCAAUACAAGGCAGACUUUAAGCCAGUUUAGCCUAUCUGGAAAACACAUGUUCCUCCUCCCCAAAGGCUGACUGACCUCAAUGACAGCACUAUAAAAUACACAACUUGUGUCCUUUAACUAAAGAAAAAAAAAAGGCAAAGUAUCUAAUAGAUGCAAGAGGUUUUUUUUAGAAAACUUUAGAAGAUUCUUUUAGAAGCUUACUUCUAAGGAUCGAAGCAUACAAAAGCUAGCUAGCGGUCCUCAUCCCAUCCCCUCCAGCCAGUGGAAGGACAGAGCAAGCCUAAACGGCAGUGAGGAGGAGGUCUCAAACUUUGUUUUGCAUAGGGCUGCUGCUCGCACAAGCCAGUCAUAAAGAGAAAGGCUGUUAUGAUGUGACAGCUCUGGUGAGCAGGAACUGAUGUUUCUGUAAAACAUAUUAAAGUACAUACUUAUUUCAUUCUCUCCUACUAUUGCCUCUUGCAUUGGUUAUGGUAAAUAUUGCUCCUAGUAUUGUAAUUGCCCUCAAUUUUGAAAGACUUACCUUUCCAAAAGAACUAACAAAACCCUUCCAUGAUUCUGAAAUUCAACUACCCUAUUUAACUUUAGCCUUUUUCUGCCAAUUUCUACAAAAAGGUGCUCUGACAUUUAUUUUUGUGCAUCAGAAGCAAUGUAGGUUUAUUGGGGAUUUUGCUCUGCUGCUUUCUCAGCAGAAACAGGGAGAAGCACAGAAGCUGCCUUCUUUUUUACAUCAGAAAAGCUUUCCACAAUAAGUAUCCUUCCUUCCUCCUCCCUUUUUAUAGAUGUUUUCAUGUCUGCCGUUUGUUUUCCCCUCAGCUGAACCAAGUCUAGCUUUUUCUUCAGUUGACAGAAUCUCUGUUAUCCGUAAGUUUCUUCUGUAUGGAAUCUUAGAAGACCCAUCUCUCCAUCUCCUAAUCUUAUCAGUAACCUCGACUUCAUGUCUAUAGUUAUAUUUAACACUUUUAAUGCCUCUGGCAUAUUAAUACUUUUUUUCCUACUCCUGCUUAGUAUUGUGUCUCUUGUAUUUAAAAGCUUCAGGCUCAGAAUUAUUUUGCUGGGCAAGAGAAGUAUUUAGCAUGUUUUCAGUAUGAUUCUUGAUUUCAAUUUUUUUUUCUUAUUCUUCACUUGUUCAGACUCAUUUGUUAGACUUUUUUUAACGUCUGUGUAUCAUAAUUAAAAUAUAUUUUAUUAUCA